AUGCGGUUUCUUUGCCUUCACGGACGUGGAACAUCCAGCCAGAUCUUUGAGCUGCAGACAGGGGCCGAAGCUAUCGCUGACGAGUUCUUCGGUUGGUUCGACAAGCCCAUCAGCCAAGCCCAGUCGAAAGAACUCCUCCUUGGUCUGAUGGAAUUCAUUGCCAACAACGGGCCUUUCCAGGGGGUAAUGGGCUUCUCGGAAGGCGGUAUAGUCGCGGCAAUGCUGCUUGCUGAAGACGCUAGACAGGCAUUUGCGGGCUUUCAGUGCGGCAUCCUUUUAAGCGCCGCGCCACCAUUGGAUCCUGGCGGGAUUCAUCAAGAGCCGGCGACGCUCAGAUGUCUCAACCCUGCUGUUGACGGGGCCGUGAUUCGCGUCCCCACGGCUCAUAUCAUCGGUUCCAACGAGCCAUUCGCCCGCCUACUGGCCCUGUCGCCUCUGGCUGGCCUCUUGAUCAGCGGCGGCCUGAAGGAUCCGGAGGAGCUGCACCAGUGGCUGUUUCGGCUGUGCGACAACCAGCGAGAAUUGUUUGUCCAUCAAUUAGGACAUGAGGUACCUGGAGCGAGGUCGGCCGAGGGACUAUCAGGGGCUCUUCGGACCAUAGAGCGAACGAUCGAGCGAGCACAGCUGGGGUAA